AUGUUACCCUGUGAGAGACACCAGCUCCACCUUAAAUACGGCAGGUGCAAGCUUUGUUACGUCCUGGAUAAAAACACGAGGGCUCCACAAUCCCCUCCACCCUUCAGACACAACAAGGUCACAGUGGGCUUUUGUGUGCAGACGCCCUGCAGCGUCUCAAACCCGACAGAUGACGUCACGCUGCAGGAGGGUGGUGCAGGGUGGUGGUGCAGCUGCAGUCUCCUCCUCCUCCUCCUCCUCCUCCAUAGGGCUCCGAUGGGUGCUGCUUGUGUUCAGCUCCUGCUGGCUGCCACCCUGUGGACGACUCCUCCGACGGGAGCUGCAGCUGCUGUGCUGUCGGGCUCCACAGAGCUGCUCAGCACCACCCGGACUGGAGCUGAGACAGACUUCAGGGUGCUGCCUGGAGCUGUGGGCGCUCAGCUCAGCAGACGUAAGAGAGCCAUUUCAUCCAGGGAGAUCAAUGCCCUGCUGGACUACCACAACCGAGCCCGCUCUCAGGUCUUCCCUCCUGCAGCUAAUAUGGAGUUCAUGCUCUGGGAUGAGGGACUUGCUAAGUCGGCUGACUCUUGGGCUUCGCGGUGCGUUUGGGAUCACGGUCCAACACAGGCCAUGAAAUACAUGGGCCAGAACCUGUCAGUCACUUCGGGAAGGUACCAGUCCAUCACGGAUCUGGUCAGGUCCUGGUAUGACGAGAGGCACCAUUUCUCCUACCCGAACAGAUGCAGUGGAUCUGUGUGCUCUCACUACACACAGAUGGUGUGGGCGAGCACCAACAGGUUGGGAUGUGCAGUCAGGAAGUGCUCCAACAUGAAUGUGUUUGGCAGCACCUGGAGGGAGGCCAGCUUGCUGGUCUGCAACUACUCUAUAAAAGGAAAUUGGGUUGGAGAGGCCCCCUACAGGACAGGGAAGCCUUGUUCUGUCUGUCCUUCAAGCUACGGCGCCUCCUGCUGGAGAAACCAGUGCUCACCAAACACAAAACCCAAGAGACUUUCAAGAUAUUAACACAACACAGCAUUUUCAGUGCUUUAAUGCUUUAGUUAAAACAAGCAUAAAAAGACGCAGCUGCCCAGUUACCACUAUGUUCCAAAUAAAUCUUUAUUGAUGACUUCACACACAGGUGAGCUGAUGUCGUGGUAUGAAUGUUUUUGUUUUGUUUUUAUUUUCACGACUGCUUCUCAUCCACACGUCACAAAGAAACAAAAGCAAAAGAAGUUAUUUUCUUCCGUCGGAUCU